UUUUUAAUGUUUGUUUUUCAUUUUUUUGUUUGGUUUUGUUUUUUGCCAAGAUACCUGACCUGAGAAUGGAGUGCAAAAGAGUUUGUUGUCUUCAAACCCUGGGGUACAAAGACUAUCUGUGUAGGAAUUCUCUAAGUAUGCAUGAUGGCCUGCUCUUUCAGCUUCCUUAUUUAGAUGAUAGCUAUUUCUUUGCUAAAUGCAAUGCCUUUUUGGAAUGCCUGCAAGACAAACCUUUAGUCACUGGAAAAACUUCUGCAGCUGUGUGUUAAGAGUUCAGUUUGCAAGUAAAACUUGUCAGGCCAUCUUGUGUCAUAUGUUGACCUGCUUUUCAGGAAUGAUAAGUAGCAUUAUCAGAAAGGUGAUGCAACAACAUCCCCUCAACAUCAGGAAGCUUUUGAUUAUUUGCUGUGCGCUCUGUAGGUUCCAGAAUCAUUAGUCUGCCUGUCUAUAGGGUUGAAUAAACCACACCACCAGACUGUGUCCUGAAGAUCAGGUCCAGACUGAUGUCUGAGGCAGGAGUUCCUAACCUUGAUCUUUUCAGCUCAUGAUAGAGCAGAAGGUGUGUGCCACUCUCCUUCUAGUGACAGCUUGAUUCCUAGGCUGUCGCCUGAUUUCUUGGAGUUGAGAUGGUCUAGCUUCUAACAAAUACUUGAUUUCAUAUUCUGAAGAUUACUUUUUUUCUCAUUUCGAAGAUAUUUUACUUUCAUUAAUUUCCAGGCAAGUCAUUGAGAAUCUCUGUAUCUGCUGCAGAAGCUGUUGAACUGUAAGGUAUUCUGCAUGGUUAGGAUGGUGUGUAACAUUGAUAUUGGGAAGAAUCAGAUUGUCAGAGUGAUGGGAGUUACUUAGAAGGAGCAAGAAAGAGUGUGCAAGAUGCAGUUAUCAGGGCAGCUUGUUAUGGUUAGUUGUCAUCCUGAUGCUUUUCUGGAGCCGAGCUCAUUUCUUCCUGGGUCUCUGUGCUUCUUGUCUUGGACUAGCUGCAUGAAUUAGAGCAAUUCAGUUUAUCCAUUAGCAGUAUUAAAUUUUGUUUAGGAACAGAUCUUGCUUAUUUUUCCAGGGGACCUUUCUUGAUAUUUUUUAUUUCUGCUGCAGCCAAUGUCAUAAGACAUUUAAGGAGGAUAGUAUCUCUUGGUGACAACCAGGCUUUGUCUUUUGACAUUUCCAGGACCGAGCCUUGCUCCGUAAGACUGCUCUUCUCUGGUUUUGAGAGGUCACAGAAUUCACAGAAUGACUAGGUUAGAAGAGACCUGAAAGACCUUAAAGGGCAGAACACAGUUAGCUCUGCACAAGUGCUGUUGAACUGGUAAUGGAUUUUAUGAGUUUAUAUUGUAAAACUGCCUAGGUAGGGUUAUCCAAGGAACCUGAGUGAGCCUGUUUGUGCUCACGUUCUGUUGGUGGCCUUGUCUAAAAGAUGGCCCCAUCUUUGUCAUCAAGGGCCUUCACUAAGCACUGUGCCAUUGGUGAAUUCUCAGGAAACCAUGCUCUCCUUGACAGGGUAUAUUCCUGUUGGUGUGGAAAUAGUAAUUUCAUUCAAGAUAGCUGUGUUUUUUGGGAAGUGCUUGGGAGAGUCUCCCAGAGUUAAAGAUGAGCUUGUGAAUUAUCACUCAAGACUGUUCAGUGUUGAAAUAUAGACUGUAUAAAGACUUAAAAGAUGUGGGAUCAAGGUGGACAACCUUGGCAGCAAUGGCCUUUGAACCAACAGCAGUGGAUGCAGUCAUUUCAGCACCAGCAAGAUCCAAGCCAGAUUGACUGGGCUGCAUUAGCUCAAGCAUGGAUUGCUCAGCGAGAAGCCUCAGGGCAACAGAAUGUAGUGGAACAACAAGGAAUGAUGCCAAACGGACAGGACAUUUCAGGAAUAGAAUCUGGUCCAAACAACCAUAAUAAUUUUCAGGGGGAUCCCAAUUUCAACAGAAUGUGGCAGCCAGAAUGGGGAAUGCCUCACCAACCCCCUCACCCACCUCCAGAUCAGCAGUGGAUGACUCCAACCCCAGGUCAAAUGGAAAUUGUUCCUCCGUCGGAAGACAGCAACAGUCAGGACAGUGGGGAAUUUACUCCUGACAACAGGCAUAUGUUUAACCAGAACAAUCACAACUUUGGGGGACCUCCUGAUAACUUUGCAAUGGGGCCAGUGAACCAGUUUGACUAUCAGCAUGGGGCUGCUUUUGGUCCACCUCAAGGUGGAUUUCACCCACCUUAUUGGCAGCCAGGACCACCAGGGCCACCAGGUCCUCCAGCACCUCCCGCACCUACUCAGAAUCGAAGGGAAAGACCCUCAUUCAGAGAUCGACAGCGUUCACCUAUUGCGAUGCCUGUGAAGCAGGAGCCUCCCCAGAUUGAUGCUGUGAAGCGUAGAACUCUGCCUGCCUGGAUUCGUGAGGGCCUGGAAAAGAUGGAAAGAGAAAAACAGAAAAAAUUGGAGAAAGAGAGAAUGGAGCAGCAGCGUUCACAGAUGUCUAAAAAAGAGAAAAAGGAAAGUGAGGAGGCGGAAGAAGGGGAUGGCCCACGGUUACCUCAGAGAAGUAAAUUUGACAGUGAUGAGGAAGAUGAAGAUGCUGAAAACACAGAAGCUGUAAGUGUUGGGAAAAUCAGCAGGAGUCCAUCCCCAGCUCCUCAAGAGGAGCAAAGUGAACCAGAAAUGACAGAAGAAGAAAAGGAGUAUCAAAUGAUGAUGCUGACAAAAAUGCUGCUGACAGAGAUUCUCUUAGAUGUCACAAAUGAAGAAAUCUAUUACGUGGCCAAAGAUGUUCACCGUAAAGCAACUAAAGCUCCUGCAAAACAGCUGGCACAGUCCAGUGCACUGGCUUCCCUCACUGGACUCGGUGGACUGGGUGGUUAUGGAUCAGGAGACAGUGAAGAUGAGAGGAGUGACAGAGGCUCUGAAUCAUCUGAUACUGAUGAUGAGGAAUUACGACACAGAAUAAGGCAAAAACAGGAAGCGUUUUGGAGGAAAGAGAGAGAACAACAACUACUACUAGAAAAACAGCUAGAAGAAGAAAAGCUACAAAAUGAAAAAGUUUCAAAAGAGAUGAAUGAAUUUAUCAACAAAGAACAGAAUAGUAUCUUAGCAUCACAGGAGGCAAAAGAAAUUGAAGCAGAUAUGGUUCAUGAAAAGAAGAGAUCUCCAAAUGCAAUCACACCUGAUGUAGAACUCAAGAAAGAGGGUAAAGAGAGGACAGGAAGGAGUGGGUCAAGAAGCUCUAGCAGUGGUAGCAGCAGCAGCAAUAGCAGGAGCAGCAGCAGCAGCAGCACAGUAUCCAGUUCAUCAUAUAGCACUAGCUCAGGUAGUAGUCGCAGCACUUCACGUUCUUCCUCUCCCAAAAGGAAGAAGAGACACAGCCGCAGUAGGACACCAUCACAUAAAGUUAGGCGCAGUAGAAGCAGGAGUUACUCCCACAGAAACAGGAGAGAGAGGAGUAGGAGCAGGGAGAAAAUAAGGGAAAGGAGAAGAUCUAGUAGAAAUCACAGUGCUGAAAGGGGGGAGAGGCGGAGAAAUCGGAGUCCUUCAAGAGAGAGAAGUUGGGAUAGACGUAGAAGCGGCAGCCGCUCAAGAGACCGGCGAGCCAACCGUGCAAGCCGCAGCAGGAGCAGAGACAGACGUAAAGCUGAAGACCAGCGUAGAAGCCCUACUGGAAAUAGGCACAAACAUAAAAGUGAGGGUAAAGAUCAAGAAAGGAAAAAGGAGCAGGGUGGAGGUGUAGAUAAAGACAAAAAAAAGAACAGAGAAAGGGAGAGAGAUCAGGAAAAAAGAAAAGAUAAGCCCAAAAAAGAGGAAAAAGAAAGUAAGACUGGCAAUCAUGAUGACAGUAGAUUAAAAAGAAAAAGAGACAGUGAAAGAACUUUCUCUCGCAGUGAUUCAAUAUGUGUGAAAAUAAUAAGACAGGAUUCCAAACAAGAAAGUAAAAAAAUUACUACCAAAGAUAGCAAAAAACGAUCAGGCUCUGAAUCUAGUGCAAGGAGUAGUUCUGAAUCUCCAGGAAGCAGUAAAGAAAAGAAGGCUAAGAAAUCAAAGCAUAUUCGGUCAUGCUCCAUGGAGAAAUCUCAAAGGUCUGGUAAGAAGGCAAGCCGCAAACACAAGUCUAAGUCACGAUCAAGAUCAACAACUCCUCUUCGUCGUAAACGCUGAGGAAUUUAUGGCACCAGUGCUAUGAUGUUUAAAAAUUCCAUGAGUUAUAAAAGGCUUGUCUCAUUAUAGAGGCACAUUGUGGCUAUGUAGGUGAAACCAGAAUCCUUUUUUUUAUUUGUAAAUAGGUGUAUUUUUUCCAAAUGCUGCUCAGAAUAAUAGGAUUUCUUUGUAUUACAUUUUUUCAAGAACGGUAGUGCUUAUUAAGACUAUAAAACAGGCCAUUCUCUUUCAGCUGUAAUGUUCUUAAAAUUACUAUUGAAUGUACUGUGAUGUCAAUAAAGCUCUUUAGUUCAUUUUUUGUUUAAAAUUCUUGCACCUGAAUUUUGUGGUAAAUGGUAGAAAGUACUUAAAAAAAAAAAGAAAAAAGGCAGCUUUUUUGGUAUAACAGAUUUUUAAAGUACUUGAAAAAGAUUUAACGUAAAACACUUGUAAUCCAUGGACAUGAUAAGAUUACUUUAUUAAGAUUACUUUAUUGGGGUGUGGAAGAACAGAGAAAAGACAUCUUAUUUUUCUUUAGAUAUGUGUAAUAGAUUUUUUAAUAAUCCUUUUUUUGGUCUAGCUGGUACUAUAUGCUGUGUAUGUAAAAUAUGGGUCACUGUAAUACAAGCUAUACUUAAACAGACUGAACCCCAUUAGGAAUAUGUGCAAUUAACUGAUCUCUUGUGGCAGUGUUAAGCUCUGGAACUAUAUUCCUCACCCAGUUUUCAGAGAGAUCUUUGGAUGUUCAGGGAUAUUACACACAUCUCAGAAUUUUCUAUGUUUUUAUGGAGCAUGUUUAUAAACAUCAUUCAGUACACACUGAAAAACUGACAAUAGGUUACCUUUACAUUUUGGCACAUGCAUUAAAUGUGUACUGAAUGUUAAAGGUAGGUCCUUAGUGUCUCAAGAAUUAUGACUCAUGUAAAGCUGAAACACUGAUGUAUCAGCAAUACCACUAAAUUUUUGAUUUUAAUAUUACCAUAAAGUGAAAGAGGUCACUGAUUACCUGGUUAAGGAAAUUGACUAUUGCUGUUAGAAACAAGAGUGUGAAAUAAUAUAAGCUAAAAAACAAAACAACAAUACCCAACUCUAGGCCAAUGACUUACAGAAGAACAUAAAUUCAUGGAGAGAUCUGUGAAAAAGGUAAAAGGCUUAAAAUCGAAGUAAGUUCUCUUUGAUUGGCUCUAUCUUCUACGAAAAAAUGGUACUAGUACAGGCAACUUGGAAAGCAUGUCUUCAUGAACAGAUAAAUCCACUUAGCAAAGUCAAAAUUCAGCUAUGCAGCUUUUUUCUACUGUAAUUUUUUCAUUAAUAAUAUGCAGAAAUAAACUGCUUCAGGGCAAAGAAAUACAUUUUAACUAUGUGUUUAAUAAACAAGCUAAUUGCUAGUGAAUAUGUGCAUGUUUAUCAAAACACUGUUACAGAUAAAUAAUCAGCUGUAAAUUGUAACACUCCCCCCAAUUAUAUCUUUCACAUAGAGUAAGCAGUCAUAUUUAUUAGCAAACUAAGGCAUAAUUUACAUCACACAACUUUACUUGCAUUGGUAGGAAUAUAAAUAAUGAUGUGUUGAUCCAAUCUCACUACACUCUUUGCUCUGGGUAAGAGUGAGGAAUAUUUUGAAAGUAGGUAGCAUAACAGUUCAGCUGUCCUAGAAGGAUGUCUUGUGAGAGACAGAAAGAAAUUAGAACUAAGCUUAAGAAAAGCUGUUGAGGAAUACAGUUUCCAGGAUGCAUUGAAUUUGAUUUUCAGUUCAGAUUUUAUAUUCUCUGUCUAAUAAUAAAAAAAGAUUGUGUAUGAAAAGCUUUAUAUACUCUGCCAACAACUGGAAUUCUGUCACUUCCUGUAAAUAUGAAAAUUAUUUUUUGACACAUAUGCACUUCUAUGGGUAGUGACUGUAUGCCAAUAAAAAGAGCAUACGAUCUCUGUA